AUGCCACAUUGCAAUGAAAAAACGAAAGCCUGCUUUGCUGGAAAGUCGAUACUGUUGACAGGUGCUUCUGGGGGCCUCGGAUCUAGCCUAGCAAAACACCUAGCUUCUUGUCAAGUGGAUACGCUGAUUCUGUCGGGGAGAAAAAAAGAAGCACUGGACAAAGUUGCGAAAGAGUGUCAAAGCUUGUCCGCUACCACCUCAAUACACAUCAUUACCUGUGACUUGGCUGAUAAGGAAUCGGUUCGAAAACUUGGAGAAGAAGCCUUGGCACUAUGCGGAACAGUUGAUAUGCUUAUCAACAAUGGGGGUGUUUCCAGCAGAUCCGACUUUUUGGAUACUCAACUCGAAGUGGACGAGCGCGUUAUGCAGAUCAACUUCUUCUCUGGGGCUGCCCUGGCCAAAGCACUGGUUCCCAACAUGGUCGAAAACAGAAGCGGUAAAGUUAUUUGGAUCAGCAGUGUACAAGGGCUCCUUGGAAUACCUUCCAGAACCAGCUAUGCGGCCAGCAAAUUUGCCGUGCAGGGGUAUUGUGAAGGUCUCAGAGCCGAAAUGGCUUCCAGUGGUGUCACAAUUCAUGUAGCAUCUCCCGGUUAUAUUCGUACUGGUCUGUCCUUGGCAGCAUUGACUGGCGACGGGAAACCGCAUGGUCAAAUGGAUGAUACUACGGCAAGCGGUGCAGACCCAAACGAAGUUGCAGCCACCACUCUCGACAGCGUGGCAAAGGGAAAGGCAGACUUUGUAUUGGCUGCUUCGUUCUCGUCGCAGGUAGCCAUUUGGUUGCGCCUUCUCUUCCCUUCUCUGCUUCAAAAGUUGCUUGUUAAGCGGUUUGACAAAGCAAAAGCAGUUAAGGAAAAAAAUGAUUAA